AUACCCCUUCGGCGGACUCCUCGCCUUCCUAAUCUCCUGAAUCGUCAUCGGCCUCUCCGCCUCCUCGACCGUCACCAACUCCUUCACCUUCAAGAUCGCACCAACGGCGGCACUGGAGACGGGUUUGUAUGCGAUGGACAUACGCUUUCUCAAGCCGAGUGACUUCAGGACUCUAGUGGUCUUGCUAAAAUCAGGCAUCAGCAAUCGGUCCUUGAAGGGUGAUAAGGAGAGAAGGAACGUACGCUGGCAAGCCAAUAGCGGAACGCACGAGCUGGAGUCUGAAGUAAGGCAUCGCGUAGAGUGGAGUGGAGUGUUUGUGUUUGUGUGCUGUGUGCUCUCCUAGGAACCGCCGAGAAAUCUGGAUCACGUGUAUGCACAGCCCUGAACCCCGCGGGUAUGACGCUCGUAAGAUAAACACUGACUUCCAAGAGAGAGAGAGAGAGAGAGAGAGAGGAUGACUGAGGCAAGCGAUCUGGCCGUUCAGAGGAUCCAAGAGCUCUUUCGCCAGCCGGACGACCUCGAUAAGAUCAAUGUUCUCAAGGCACGGUUUACGAGGGAGAAGAAUGCUGUUGACGCACAGCUUAAGGCUGGGGUCGAGGCUCAACUCAAUACGACACAGGCUGGGUUGAAGAGCUUGCAUGCGAGUCAAACGAACAUGAACGCAAUCAGGGAAGAAAUGCUCAAGAUCGAUAAGCUUUGUGCAGAAGCACAAGCCAUGGUCCGAGAUUUCCCCGUCAUCAGCAAGAUAUCCCGCGUCCACAAGAACUUCAACGCAACGCAAGAAAUGGUGCAUAACCUCCAAAGCAUGCACGACCAACUCGACCGGAUUGAGGAGAUGUUGAGAAAUGACGGGACUGAUAUUCUCAAAUCCUUACCAAGUCUGCUUGCAAUUCACAUGAAUAUAUCACGUCUGCAGGAUUUCCGAGAUAAGGCGACUUCACUGUCACUCUCGGCUCCAGCCUCAACUCAGUCGACACUCGCUAACUACUUCGUACGGCUCGAUCAACUCACGACAGAAUUCACCGAUCUGUUGUGGAAGAUCGCAGGAGGAAUGCUGGAUAUUCUGAAAGAUGGUCGAGCCAGCGUCGUCGUUCGCGCCGCAAAAAUCGUGGAAGUCGAGGAGCGGGCAGACGAGAAAGCACUUGCAAUCCAAGAAGCACAGAAAGCCCAUGCACAACUCGCGGCAAGAAUGAGAUUCGCGGCUGGCUCGACACGCGUGGUAAGGGGCUACAAAGACAAAUUCUUCGCCGCGAUCGCCUCGAGCGUCGCCACCAAAUUCGAAAUGUGCUGGAAGGACAUGUGUGAAGACCCCGCCCAACUCCUCGAAGAACUCGACUGGGUCUUCGAAGACCUCGAUCUCGUCCGCGAGGCACUCGUGCUCAGAGUCCCCCGGACAUGGGAUAUCUACGAAGCAUACGUACAGUUCUACCAUAAAGGCAUGUACGAACUCCUCAACAAACUCGUUGCGUCCGAGCCUGAUGCGGCGAGUUUGUUGAAGGUUGUGGAGUAUGUUAAGGAAUACUACUCGACGCUUACCAAGGAGUUGGGGGUUGUGAGGGAACAACUUGUGCCACCGUUGUUGGAUGGGGGUGAGGGGAGGUUGGUUGAUGAUUAUUUGGGGUUGAUUGUGAGGAAGGUGGAGGAGUGGAUGUCGAACCUCGCCAAAACCGAGACGAGGGAUUUCGUGGAACGAAAUGAAGCGCCUGAACAGGAUGAGGACGAAAAGUACCAUUUGUCGGGCGCGGUGAUUAUGUUCCAGAUGAUUUCUCAGCAGAUUGAUCUCGCUGCCGAUUCGGGACAGGGGAAAGUUCUGGCUGCGGUGGUGGAGGAGUGUGUGAGGGUCAUGAAGAAGCGGCAACAAGAGUGGGAAGCAUUACUCAAGGAUGAGGAGAGGAAGCAUCGGGAGAAUGCGCAGGAUGUGCCGGGUGGGUUGGUGGAGUAUACCAUUGCGUUAGCAAACGACCAAAUUCGAUGCUCGAAUUACGCGGAGGCGAUAUCGGAACGGGUCGAGCCGCUCGUUUCGGCGAAAUAUGCGGAGCGGAUAACGAAGGCGUUGGAGGGUGCGACGGAAGGUUACAUUGACCUUGCGACACGAUGUAACGAUUCUCUCGUACGCCUCAUCUUCAACGACGUCCGUGGUCCAUUCUCCCAGUUUUUCACACCGGGGUGGUAUUCCGCCUCCUCAAUCGUUACGAUCGUUGACACGUUUCGGGAUUAUACGAGUGCUGCGACGCACCUGAUCCCGGAGAUGUUUGAGGUGUAUGUCGGAAAGCUGUUGGAGGAGUUCGUGAGGGGGUACGUGAGCGCGAUCUACAACAAAGGCGCGAAAUUCCGCCCACCGGGCGCGAUUGAGCAGAUUCGGAAUGACGUCCUUGCCUCUUUCUCGUUUUUCUCGGAAUACAUGCCACCGGAGGAAGUCGAGCAUUCGUUCCGGAUUAUUGAGCAUGUUCUUGGGUUACUUAGUGUACCCCCGGCCGAGUUCUGGGAUGAAUGGGUUGGGCUGAAGAGGGAGUAUCCCGAUACGCCGGUGUGGUUUGUGGAGGAUUUGUUGUGGAAGAGGGAGGAUGUGGAGAAGAGUUCGGUGAGGAGUAUGUUGGAUAUGAUGAAGACAAGGGAUGUGGGAUUGAGGGAGGAGGAUGUUGGGGUUAGGACUUUGAUGAGUCAGGUUGAGAGGAGGUGA